UGCCCACGUCCUAUCCGAGAAGCCGAGGUCGCGCUGCAGCGGAGGUCCCCCUGCGGGUCCCUGUCGUUGACACAAGUCUCUUGGCGCCCGCCAACCCCAGCCCCCAGCCCCGCGAGCCUGGUCCGAUAGCGCAGGGCGCGCUCCCGACACCCGCCGCGGCCAGGGUUGGACCGAGCUCGGGCUUUGCUGCAGAGAGGGAACGAACAGCUGAUGCGCCGGGGCCACAUUCUGACUGACACCUUGGCAGACUGAUGCUGUUCCCUGCUAGAAGAAGGCUGCUCACAGCUCUGCUGCAGGCUCAGCGCUGGCCCUUUCAACCCUCCAGAGACAUGAGACUGGUGCAGUUCCAGGCACCCCACCUGACCGGACCUCACCUGGGCCUGGAGUCAGGGAAUGGCGGAGGGGUCAUCAACCUCAAUGCCUUUGACCCCACACUGCCCAAGACCAUGGUAGAGUUCCUGGAGCAGGGAGAGUCCACUCUCUCAGUGGCGAGAAGAGCCCUGGCUGCCCAGUUGCCAGUCUUACCGCGGUCAGAGGUGACCUUCCUGGCUCCAGUCACACGGCCAGACAAGGUGGUGUGUGUGGGCAUGAAUUACGUGGACCACUGCAAGGAACAGAACGUGCCCGUGCCCAAGGAGCCCAUCAUCUUCAGCAAGUUUGCCAGCUCCAUCGUGGGGCCCUACGAUGAGGUCAUCCUCCCGCCUGAGAGCCAGGAGGUGGACUGGGAAGUGGAGCUGGCCGUGGUCAUUGGGAAGAAAGGCAAGCACAUCAAGGCCACAGAUGCCAUGGCUUAUGUGGCUGGCUUCACUGUGGCACAUGACGUAAGUGCUCGUGACUGGCAAAUGAGACGCAAUGGAAGGCAGUGGCUGCUGGGAAAAACCUUUGACACUUUCUGCCCCCUGGGUCCUGCUUUGGUGACCAAGGACAGUAUAGCAGAUCCACACAACUUAAAGAUCUGCUGCCGGGUGAAUGGGGAGGUGGUCCAGAGCAGCAACACCAAUCAGAUGGUGUUUAAGACAGAAGAGCUGAUAGCCUGGGUCUCCCAGUUCGUCACCCUGUACCCCGGGGACAUCAUCUUGACGGGUACCCCCCCAGGUGUUGGUGUAUUCAGGAAACCUCCUGUCUUUCUCAAGAAGGGCGAUGAAGUCCAGUGUGAGAUUGAAGAAUUGGGUGUCAUCAUCAACAAGGUGGUGUGAUGGUUCUUGCUGAAGGUCCUGGACUUAAGAGGCGGGCAACACUCACUGUACAGGGCAAGGCCCAGUGCUUGCCCCUUCAAGGCUCCUCAUCUAGGUAGAGGGGGGCAUCUCUCCUCUUCAAUAAACUUCUCAGACUAAGUCAGUA